GGGUGGAGAGCGCAAAAUACAGACACUCCGGCUCAGUGUAAUCGUAGUGGAGGGAAUCGGUUGGUGUGGGGAAGAUGUCGGCUUCGUCCGCGGCUUCCGCGUACGAUUUUGAUCUCAUGCUCAUCCGUGCCUGGGAUCGCUCUCAUCCGCGGACCAUAUCUGCGGCUCGUCCGUUCUCUGGAUCGGAUACCGAACAUGCGACGUGGAAUUACGGUUUCUCCCACUGUGCGCCACCUCCACCCCCAUCCGUGCGUUCGAGGUGUGUGAAGCCGCCAAGAGCCCCGCCGUCCACGUGGGGACGGCGGCGGACGUCCUCGUUCACGCUCAGCCGUUCCCACGACAACGUUGCCUUCCUGGGACUCAGCAACUCGAAAACAUCGUUGAACCGCUCUAAUUCCCUCAAUCGGUCCGGUUCCCUCAAUUCCCUUCACAGGAAGGUCAUGGCCGUAGCCAAACGGCUGGGUGAAGCCGUCCAGUGGUCGAGUUCAUCCAAGUCCACUUUGGCAUCUCCCAACAGCACCUUCAGAUAUUCUCACCCGGCGUUCACAUUCCCUAGGAUGCAGAGCCCAGACCAAGAGAGUGGGAUAAGUAGUGGAGGCAGCAGCAGUGGGGGGAGUGGACCCACCCCAUCUUCGGUUCUCCUUCCGGUCCGCAUGAACAGUCAGGAAUCAAGACGCAGCUUCAGCAGCCUGGAUUCAAGCACUGUGGGCACCCAUCGCCUUUCGGGGCAGUCUUUCUCAUCCUCGUCGUCCUCAUCCUCAUCCUCGCUGGCCGUUGUUUCAGACGACCGACCGAGCUUACGGCUCUCCCAUGUCAACAUCCACUUCCUCAUCUCUCAGGGUGUCCCUGAUUCGGAAGUGCUGAAUGUUUGGCUGUCGGACUUGGGUCUUCAGGAAUACUACCCUCAUUUCAUCAAGGCUGGCUAUGACAUGCCCACCAUAUCACGAAUGACUCCAGAGGACUUGACAGCUAUUGGAAUCACGAAGCCAGCCCAUCGGAAGAGACUGAAGGCAGAGAUUGCCAAACUGAACAUAUCUGAUGGCCUACCUGAUCAUAUCCCUGAAAGCCUGAAUGCCUGGCUCCAUGAACUGGGCCUGAGCGAAUACCUACCAACACUAUUGGCGCAAGGCUUUGCCACUGUGGACCAAGUCCUGGAACUCCAAUGGGAGGAUCUAGAGGAGAUAGGGAUCUCAAGGCUUGGUCAUCAGAAGAAGGUAAUGCUGGCCAUCAAGCGAAUGAAGGAGAUCUUGUCUGGGAAGAGGCGUCCCAGCCACUCUGACAACCACUCCCCACGAAGAUCCUCUUUUUCCCAGGAAAUGAUAGCCAUCACACCUCAUAAGAUGCAUGUGAGCCCAAUCCUUCAUAGCAUUCCACCUGACACAGGAGGAGGGGUGAGCAUUGGAGGCUCUGCAGCCCCCUAUGUCACCUAUCAUAAACAGGCUUCUGGAGGAAGCUCAGACAGGCUCUACAUGAAUUUUCCUCCCCAGAUGAAAACAUUCCAUUUUCCUGAUUCCCCACCUGGUCAUCCUCUUCGCCCCACCAGGCAAAUUUCUUCCCCUCCAUUUUUCCCUCAAGUCCCUGCAAUCUACCGGAGGAGUUUUGAAGACAGCGAUCUGUUGUCCAGUACUCGACAAGUGCAGCAGGCUCAACAGGUUGUCUCAUGUGGAGGUGGGACGCUUCCUCGCCCAGCUGGAAUCAAUGGAAAGCAACGUCCUGUGGCAAAGAUUACAGCUAAGGUCAGAGAUGACCUCUUGCCUCCUCCACCUCCACCCCCACCCCCUCCAUCGUGCCAUUCCCCACCUAUCCCUGAGGAUAAGGGAUUUCCUCCCUUGCCUCCUGCUCAUCUUCUUAGUCCACCUUCGACUGAUGGAAGCAAGUCUUCCUUCCGGCCAAGGCGACAGGACUCGAGCUGUAGUGUCAAGUCUACAUCAAGUACUGAGUCUGACUCCCUCCCAUUUGCCAAUGAGGAUGCAGGGACCAUCAAACAGAGGUCUAGACAUCAGCAGCAACAACAACAACCAAGCCAACAAGACAGCCCUUCAGGUGGUGCUACUGCAUUUUGGGGAAGUUCACCAAAGCAGAAGCCAAGAUCGGCAGAUGAUGGGUCAGGGGAUGUCCUCAACGACAUUGGGAACAUGCUGGCUGACCUCACUGAUGAGCUAGAUGCCAUGCUCCAACAAGAGAAUCAGAAUACAGCCAGAUAUUGACACUAAAGCAUAGUGGUACAAACAAAAUUUUCCUGCUGUUUGCUCAGGCAGGCCUCUUGUUUGUUGGUCAGUGCAGUAUGUGCUCAAAGACAGAAUGGGGUUGCUUGGUGAGUAGGUACACCAUGCUCUAUCCUCCCUUUGAGGCUAUGACAUGUUCCUAGUCUCUUUUCCAGGCUAACAUUCAUGAGCUUUCUCAUCAUUUGGCAAUAACUUGGUGGUUGGAAAGUUUUUUUUAUAUUAGGGACACCCCAUCAGUAUUCUGUGGUUAAGGGAAGUCUGUGUUUUUAGUUUCUGUGUGACCAGUAAUGACUCAUGCUGUUUUUUGAUACCCUCUCAGGAUCCUCCUGACGUAGGAGAGCAACUAAGUAAAAUCAAUUAAGAGGAGACAUGGCAGAGUGAGGAAGUUCCUUGUUUUCUCUGUAUUUGAGAACACAAGUUGCAGCUUUAAAAUUGUUCACAUCAGUAUCAUGAUCCUAAACUUGUGGGGUUUCCCUCCUUAGUACAGAUGUCUCUUUGAUUCGAGUGCCAUCAAGUGGCAGCUCUGACGUUGAAAUAAUUCGGGUUCUUGUGAUAGUGAAUUUCUGACAAAAACACUCUUAUUUUUGAGAAGUAUUGAUUUUUGAAAGCAGGAAGCAUAGAAGGAAAUAUUUGUUGCUGUCAUUUAAGUUGGCAGUUGUUUGCUAUGGAGUAGUAUUGUAUAAGUUUAUUUUGUGGGUACAUAUUUUAUGUACUCAUUUGAUGCAAUGCUGGCACAGGAGCCAUUAUGAAUGGUAAAUGUGCCAAUGGGCUUAUUUGCUUUGAGAGUGAACAAUUACAAGAGGUCUUUCGUUGCAUGGCUUUAGUUCUCUUGCAAUCGAGCAGCAUUUUUGGAGUUUGAUUUUUUUUCCUUUUCUGACUUACCCUUUUGUUCCGAUUGGCUGAUUGCAUUCCAGGAGACAGCACAUAAUAGAGUAUUAUUGUCUAAUUGUGUGCAUUGGAUGAUGUGAUAAUUAUUUUUAAAAACAAAGCUCUCCUGUACUGCUACUCCUCCUCUUCCUUCUCCUUCUCCUCAGCCAUAGAAUACCUCUAUGGAAUGGUGAUGAGAAAUGAACUUUGUUCAGGACAAUGG